UAAUUGGGAUCGACUUCGUAGUGUGGCGUUUUUGUAUGAGUACUGACGGAUCAUUUACUAGAAGUCUCAACACGGAGUAAUUGCUGGGAUGGUAUUAAGCCGUCGUCAAGAUGCUGCAAUUUAGUAUGAAUUCUCUCAGCCUCUGUGUUGUUCUGGUCACUGCCGUGCUUUUCAGCUUGAGUUCAGGGAACCAAAUUUGUGAGGUUGUCAGCACAGCGGAUGGGCAAUAUGCACGCUGUGAAAGACGGGGACUCACCUCACCGCCAGGGGAUUUGCCGAACGACAUCUCCACCUUAGAUUUGAGCGAUAAUUCAAUCACAUCUUUAGGUAGACGUGAUAUGCCAUUUGCCAAAACUGAUAUCGACCCACCUGUCGAUUUUUCAACACAGAAAUACACAAAUUUACGGCGCCUCAUUUUAGCCAAUAACAGGUUAAGCUAUAUUUCGCCUACGGCUUUCCGAGGCUUGCAGUCCCUGGAAGUUCUUGAUUUGUCGGGCAACAACUUGACGUCACUUCCUGACGUGUUUACGAAUCUUACGUCACUGAGAGCGGUGUAUUUGAACAAUUCACCGCACAUGGUCCGGGCGGAUUUCAGAGUAUUUACAACUUUAAGAAAUUUAGAGCAUCUUUCUCUAACAGGAAGCAAAAUUAAAACAAUUGACAUAAAAUUUCACAUUGGUUUGAAAGAAACCAGAUUACGUUUACUGAAUUUGACGAACAAUGGGAUUUCCUACAUUCAGGCGUACGCAUUCAAGGAAAUAGAGACGCUAGAAACUGUUAUUCUUGACCAGAACGCUCUCUCAGAAUCGGAAAUAGCCCUCUCUCUCUACGGUCUCCGUGAUUCCCAAAUCAAGUCGUUAUCUCUUCGUAAUUUUCACGACAAACUGACCUAUCUAACGCCAUCGACUUUCUGCAACUUGCAAUCAACGCAAAUUAAAAAUUUAUCUGUGGCUCAUAACUUUGUCAAGUCGCUCAGAGCUGGAGUUUUCACCUGCGUUUCAACUUUAGAGCACUUGGAUUUAUCCUUCAGUUUCUACUUAGAGUCAAUAAAUGACCGAACUUUCCAUGGCUUGCGAUCCUUAAAAUCGCUCAAUCUUCGUGCUGCUCGCCUCAGGGACAUUCCUACAGCGCUUGGCAGACUUCGGUCUUUGGAAUACUUGGAUUUAUCUAACAAUCUGAUUCAUGAUCUUUCUCCUUCGUCAGCUCUUCGUUACCUGCGUAAACUGAAAACGUUACUGCUCAAUGAAAACGAUCUGAAAUAUCUGACAAAAGAUUCAUUCCACGGUCUUCAAAGUCUGGAGUUUUUAGACUGUGGGUAUAACUCUCUUGCGUCCAUCGAGGAUGGAUCCUUCAAAGAUCUUCAUAAUCUGAAGAGCCUAAUUUUGCCCGAGGUUUACGUGGAUAGUUUGACCAAAGAAAUGAUACAAGGACUAGAGAACUUGACCGUCCUUGACCUACAAUCAAGCACGAUACGCAGCCUGUCGGAUGACGUAUUUACGGAGACUAAAAAUCUUAAAUCCAUUAAUCUUGCAGGUAAUCAACUGCAACUAAUAAGUUCGACAUUCAGAAAUCUGGCACAUUUGAAAGCUCUGCGGUUACAAAACAAUAAGAUAGAAUACUUUGAUGAUCACGCUUUCACUGGCACCAACAAUCUUACUAUAUUAAAUCUAGGUGUAAAUAAAUUAAAGACUUUUCCUCAAGCGAUUGUCAGCUCUAAGAUCCAGGGUUUGCAACACCUGAACAUAUCCCAUAAUCUCAUCGCUACAAUUGGCGGAGUCGCUUUAGACAAACUGCACCGUCUCAGGACCUUUGACGCUCGUGAUAAUCCAUUUGAAUGCAACUGCGAUUUGGCAUCGUUUGUAUUUUGGUUGAAUUCAAGUUCUGCUGAAGGAAAAGACGAAUUGUGGCCGUCCCCAGCGGAGUAUGCCUGUAGCUCCCCAGCUCCGCUGAAAGGUUCUCAGAUUUUCCUGCAGGAUUACAGCGAUUGUCAGACCUACCCCUACCCCGACGGUUCAAAGGGAGCCUCAACAAUCACGAUACCAGUGAGGUUGAGGAAAGGCUAA